AUGGAUUUGACCCUCGGUUCUAUCCGGGUUAGUUCACACGCUGGAAGCUGGUAUUCUGCAGACAGAACAGAGUUGUCAUCACAGUUAGACACUUGGUUAGAAAGUUGUGAAAACAACGUUUCGAAUGGAUCUUUAGUCCGGGCAAUUAUAGUACCUCAUGCAGGUUACCGACAUUCUGGUUUAUGUGCAGCCCACGCGUACCGUCUAAUAAAUCCUGACAAAAUAGAAUGUAUUUUUAUCAUAGGUCCCUCACAUCGUCUAUAUAUUGGGGAUACAUGCGCUCUGACUUGUGUAUCUGAGUAUGAAACUCCAUUUUAUAACUUAAAGAUCAAUACUAAUGUAUACAACAGCCUUAAAAGUCUUAACUGCUUCAGCGUUCUGGAAAAGAGUCAGGAUGAAGCUGAACACUCUGUGGAAAUGCAGUUACCGUAUAUUGCUCACAUCAUGAAACGUAGAAAAGGUCAGUACUCCAUAGUUCCCAUAGUUGUCGGUUCCUUAUCAUUUGAAAAACAAGAAUUCUUCGGGAACCUCCUAUCAAGCUAUCUGCUAGAUGAGAAGAAUCUCUUUGUGAUAUCUUCUGAUUUCUGUCAUUGGGGGAAACGAUUUCGAUAUCAGUAUUACAAUAAAUCCGAUGGUGCGAUAUGGCAGUCUAUUGAGAAACUCGAUCACCUCGGUUUAAAUGCAAUUCGAAGCCUGAAACCAAAAUCAUUCAUAAAAUAUCUUGAAGAGUACAGCAACACUAUAUGCGGCAGGAGAAAAGCAAUCAUCUAA